AUGCUAAGGAACAUAUUGGCUUGUUUGUUUCUGAUCACAUUCAUUUUCACCAAUGUAGCUGCUCAAUAUGGCUAUUAUGGUGCACCUUAUUACGGAGGCUACUACGGCGGUUACCAUCCAUAUUACUCACCUUACGUCGGCGGCAUGUACGGUAAUCCAGUGCGAGGUGCACUUCGAGGAGCUCUCAUCGGAGCCAUGAUCGGAGGUCUUGCUGGAGGAUAA